UUUAAAAAAUUUCGGCUGCAAAAUAUUUAACGUGUUUGUACAAAAUGGUAGAUUUUUUUUGACUCCAUUACAGCUGUGCAAAUAUAGUUUUUGUUCUGAUUUAUCAAUUACUCUUUAUAAAAUGGAGGUGGAUAUGGAGGUGGAUGAUAUCCGAAAAGAUGAUGUUUUAAAUAAAGAAGAAGUAUCAGCACAAUACGCAGUCGAAAUUCUACCGUUUAUUAAAGAUGCCCAGCAAAGUCAUGGAAUGCGACAUGGAGACUAUCAAAGAUACAGGCAAUACUGUUCAAGAAAGUUAAAAAGAAUUAGAAGUUCGUUGGAUUUCAAAUCUGGUACAAGACAUGGGUACAAAGGAAAACAAAUAACAGAGGAUGUGAUCACAGACUCAAGAUAUUUUCAUAUUCUUCUUGUUGAAGCCGAAAGGUGCUGGAGCUAUGCUAUGGAAUUAAAACUGUGUGCUAAUACAGAGCCACGAAAGCGAUUUCACAUGAUGCGAAAGUUGACUAAAGCUGCUAAGUAUGCAGAGGAAUUGCAUAAAAUUUGUGAAAUGGAAAAAGUUGAGCCUAGAACAAAAUUAGAAGCACAGGCCUACAGCUACUGGAUGAGAGCUAACUAUAAGUUUGAAGUUCAAGACUGGAAAACAGCUAUUGAUCUUUAUUCACAGUCACGUUCAAUAUAUGAAAAACUUGCAAGUGCGUUUUUAGAUGAAGCUACUCGAAUGUUGUAUGCUCAAAGAGUUGAGGAAAUAGGACCCAAUAUACGAUAUUGUGCUUAUAAUCUCGGACAAGGUGGAAUGGAUAUCAAGGAUCUGAUGAUUAUGAAAUCUAGUGCUGCUGGACAGGAUUUAUUAUCUGCAAAAAUUGAUGCUGCAAUCAAGCAAACACGCGAGAAGUUAGCAUCAUCGUUUGGUGAUAUCACUUGGCGAGGCAAAAGCGUUCCAUUACAUAAUGAAAAAGCUCGUGUUUUUAUUUUGCACUUACAAGAGAAAGAAAGCGAAAUGUCAAGGCAAAGUACUUUUGAAGGGAAAAUGGAACUAUUUGACAAUUUGUUAAUGGAAUGCAAAGAUGCAUUGCAAGCUAUCAAAGAAGAGAUUGGCAACGAAAUGUCAACAAAGAAAAAGAAUGAGACAAAUCUAAGUCAACUUCAAUUCAUCAAAAUGUAUUUAUCAUAUUUACGUCAAAACCUUAUGAUUGAAAGAAAUAUCUGUAUGAUUGAUUGGAUGAAGGAAAAGUUGCCUGUUUUGAUUGGUACACCAAAGCAAGAAAUAAAAACUAAAAUUACAAAACCAGAGGAUUUAAUCAGGUUGUAUGAUGGAAUUAUCUUGAGUUUAAAUGAAAUUAGCCAAUUGCAAGGCAUUGAAGUAGAUGAAAAGUUGCAAGAGGAAGUUGAGGCUCAAAUUGUGGCAUACAAGGGGUUCAGGUGUUUUUAUAUUGCGCAAUCUUACCAACUUUUAAAAAAAUGGGUAGAGAGUGUAUCUUUAUAUGACCGUGUGAUUACGUAUGUGAAUGAAGCUACAUUAAAAUUAAAAGCUUGCAAUAAUCCGUUUCUCAAUGUCCUGGUUACUAAAAUAGAAGAACUAUCCGAACUUGCGCAAGGUCAUAAAUAUAAUGCUCAUGCCCUCAGUAUAUUGGAAUCUAACGAAGUUGCAGCAGAUGUAGGAAAGUUGGUUUUAUCUGAUCAAGUGCUGGCGGAACGUUUGGAUGUUUAUCAAGAGUACCAAAAUGCUACAAAGAAAACAAAUCUCAUUCGUUUCCCACCUGAGCCGCAGCCAACGCCGUGCAAGCCAUUGUUUUUCGACCUAGCUUUGAAUUAUAUUGAUUUGCCGAAUCUUGAUCAUAGAUUAGAGAAGAAACCUGAAGGAGUUUUCAGUGCAUUGCGAAGGGGGUUCGGUUUUUGGGGGAGUUAAUGAAAUAAAUAUUAGUAAAUAUAAAUUUUUUUUAAACUUAAA